ACCAACUCUCUCUCUAGAGAAUUGAGAAGAGUCAGAAAGAGAAGUUUCGUUAGAAUUUGUUAGUUUUUACAGGAAGGAAAAAAUGCCAGAGUUUUUAAAAGCCUACCGCGAAUCUCAGUUGCACUAGGACCGUGUAGAAUGUCGUCUACUCGUUUAUGUAAUUUUUUAUUUUUUUGGGUUUCUGUCUCUCUUUAUUUCCUUCUCUUUUGAAAGCACAAUGAUGUUUUCAUAGAAAUUGUUGUUGCUUUGUACGGGUUUAAGAUUUUUAAUGCAAAAGGGCUUACGGGUUUCGAGGUGGGUUGGGAUUGUUUUGAGCGUUUUGACGAUUUUGUUUGGUGUUCUGGUUUUGAAUCUUGGAUUUUGAUGCUUAUUAAUGUCUGAGGGUUCCAAAGUUCGGUUAGUUCGCUGCCCAAAGUGUGACAACGUCCUACCAGAGCUUCCUGACUACACUGUCUACAAGUGUGGUGGUUGUGGUGCUGUUCUUCGAGCGAAGAAGAAAGCGCCUGGGAGUGCUGGGGUCGUCGAGCAAUCCGAUGAAAAGUGGGGAAGAGGGGGUUCUGAGAAAUUGGAGAGUUUGUCAGAGAAAGCGGGUGCUAGUGUAGGCUGUGCUUCUGAGACUGAUAGGGAGAGUGAUGGGAUUGAAGUGAAUAGGAGCAAAGAGAGAAUCUUUAGGGAAAAAGCUGUCAAUUCGAUUGGUAAUUCAGUAUCAGAACCAGAGAAUAAAGAGGAUCCGAAUAAUAAUGGUAUAAAAGUUAGGGAAGAGGUUAAGGGCUUGAGGCUUGAACAAAGUGGCACCGAGAAGGAAAUUAGGUUUCCUGGUAGAUAUAUGGGACUGUCCGAAUGCCCGGAUGACUAUCGGGUUCAUGGGGAUGAUCAUGAUAUGAACAUGAAUAAGUCCGAGUAUUCUAGUUUGAGUACUGGAGAAAACUUGGCCUGGCUAAGGACUACAACAAUCGGGCGGGGUGUGGAAAGAGAUGGAUUUGGGGAAUUCUACAGAAACUCUAGAGUGGUUGCUGAUCAGAGGGGAUACGAAACUUUUGCUUAUCCUGAUGAGGGACCCUCAAGCUAUAAGCCAGAAUCAUUUUAUGACUAUGGCGAGCAGAUGAAGCAUGAUGAUGACCUAGAUGGGCGUAACAAAGUUGAGCAAUUAGAACAGGAUCGAGCUGAACUGCUUAGGAAGUUGGAUGAGUUGAAAGAUCAACUUAGCAGAUCUUGUGCUAUAGAAAAUAAACCGAGGGCCCCUGUUGGUGGGACUCGUUUUGAUCCUAGUGGCCAAGAUGUAUAUAAUGUUUCAAUGCAGCCUUUUGCCAUGGAUAAACAUGUUCCAAGGCCCCCUUAUUUGGAUCAUACACAUGGAAAUGUUCCUUUGACAAAUCACCAUAACAUGGGUAUGCAGAACUUCUAUCCUCCUCCAAGGCAUGUCACAGAUGAGUUUCCUUUAUAUGAGGAACCUUAUCAGCCACGAAUGAGAAGGAGGCCUCUCAAUCAACCACCCAGUCAAUAUCCACAACGAGCACCUAACGAAUACUUUCAUGGGCAGUACAUGGAAUCCAAUACCUUUGCUUCAUAUCAGCCUGAAACCUUUUAUCACCAGCCUGCAUGCUCUUGUUUACGCUGCCUCAACCAUAAUUGGCAAGUUCUUCCUCGAGUUCCUCCCAUCUCGUUUAGCAAUAGAAGGAUUCAGAAGGAUCCUAUUGAUUCUAACUUCUACCAUUGCGACAAUCUUGGGCCACAUGGCUAUAAUCCACAAGCUUCCAUUACUCCUCAGUUGACCUCACAGGAUCCACAAAGGCACACAAGAUGGACAAGUGAUUUUGACUUGGACAUUGAUGAUCUUGGUCAUAUUUUUCCGAGAAGGGUGGUGGCAGCCUACGAGAAUAGACGGCAUUGCUAUCCUGUAGGCGAUGGCGCCCCAUUCAUAACUUGCUAUAUUUGCUUUGAGUUGCUGAAACUGCCUAGAAGACUUGAAAUGACGGAGAACAAGAUGCAGAAACUGCAAUGUGGUGGCUGUUCAACUGUUAUCUUGUUUGAAAUUGUGAACAAGAAGCUAAUUAUAUCUGUUCCACAGGAAACGAAGCAAACAUCCGCUAAGGGUGGGGAUGGCUCUAAAGAGGUACUAAAUGAAAGCCAUUCAAGUUCUCUUGUUUGUUUGGAUGCUGGCAUCAUCAACUCCUGCUCGGAUGAUUUUGAUAAUUCUGGUUAUGACUUGGAUUUGAUAGAUAAUAGACACUAUUUGCAGUCAGAAGGCCAGAGGUUGAACUUAAGCGAGUCUGAAAACAGACAGGGCCCCACUACAUCUUCCAUCUCUUCAUCUGAGGAGAUCCCAGAUACUGUGAGUGUCCAGGGAGAUGUUUCUCUCUCCUUUGAGCAGCCCUUAAGAGAUGACUUGUCUCCAAAACUUUCCAGUUCACUGUUGCGGGAUUAUUCUUAUUAUCCCUCUAAUCAAGCAAUUGGUAAAAAUGGGCAGGGAAACAACAGUGAACGUGUGGACCAAGACAAGAUGGUCUUAGGUAGGAUCACUUCUCGGCAAAAUUCUGUUGAAGACACGUCAGUGGCAACGGAGCUGGAAGUUUCAUUCAAUGAUUAUCUUCAUACAAGUUUAUCUCAAGACACUGUGGAGGUAUGCAAAGAGAAAGAUCGACCAAAAAUCAACAAUGGUGUGGAGUCAUUCUUUGUGGGCUUGAUCAAGAAGAGCUUUAGAGAAUUCUCAAGGUCAACUCAAAGUCUGCAAAAUGAAAGACCUAAUGUUUCAGUUAAUGGGCAACCUAUACCAGAUCGUCUGGUUAAGAAGGCUGAAAAGCAAGCUGGGCCAAUUCGGCCUGGAGAUUAUUGGUAUGAUUUUCAAGCUGGAUUCUGGGGUGUGAUGGGCCAUCCUUGCUUUGGCAUAAUACCUCCUUUUAUUGAAGAGUUCAACUAUGCCAUACCAACAAAUUGUGCAGGUGGAAACACAGGUGUCCAUGUGAAUGGGAGAGAACUUAAUAAAAGGGAUCUAGACCUACUUGCCAGCAGAGGACUACCAACUACAGAAGAUAGAUUUUAUAGUGUUGAUAUUUCUGGAAAAGUUGUAGAUGAGGAAACUGGUGAAGAACUCGAUGGCCUGGGCAAACUUGCUCCAACGGUCGAGAAAGCAAAACAUGGAUUUGGUAUGAAAGUUCCGAGAAGUAUCAUGUGACUUCUGAUAUUUGUUUGGUUUUUUUAAUGAUUUUGUUGAGAUGCAAGCGCUUCAGUUUUCUUAUAACGAAAUUAAUGGGUGCAAUUCCCUCUUAAAGGUCUGUUUUCUUGGUUGUGUUUUAAUAGUUGACGCAAGAUCAAAAUCUUUUGGAACUGAAACAUGUAUCUGUAAAAAAAACACAAAACUAAAAACAAUUUUCACCAACUUAUAUA